AUGCGUAUCCACGAGAGCGGAACUGACCGCAGCCCCGACACACCUAGCACACCCAGCACACCCAUCAUGCCUAGUCCCGUCCACACUCCGCCACCCAGCGCACAUACCGUCACCAGCUCCAUCACACUCAGUACAUCUUGUACAUCCACUAUGCUCAGCCCAACCCACACCCUGUCGCCCAGCGAGUCCACCACUAGCUCCAACAUCUCCAUCACCGAAGCUGAUACUGACACCGCCGACUUCUCGUUUCUACACUGUCCCCGUACAUUCACCUCACGUGCCGGCCCGGUCGGUCAAAUGCGAAUCCGCCGCACAGAGACUGUCGAACUAGUGUCUGGAACAUCAGCCUACACUCGCCGCAUCCGCCUCCACAGUCCACCCUGCACGAACACAUUUAUUCACCGCAUGGGUCUAUUAGGCCACAUGCGCGUCCACGAAAACCCGCGGUAG